AUGGAGCCCUUUAACUGGCGAGGAAUUGGUUACUUAGGCAGCCUAUGCCCAGAUCGGGAAGAUAUUUGUGUUAAACUUAUUGAAAAAAAAGGAGCUCAGGAAGUUAUUACAAGGGAUUGUCUUAGCAAUUUUAAGGCCAUCAGAAAAGAUAUACCAGCAGAUACAUAUGAGGGCUGUCGGCCGGCGGUCCCAGAUGUAACAUUAGCCCACUAUGUUAAUAAUUCUAUAAAACAAUUGGAUAUCAAAAGUAGUUGGCAAACGUCACUUAUUGGUCGGGCUCCUUAUUUGUGCAGUCCUCAAGCUUCGCCACUAGCACGGGCUUCUUGCCAAUUUAUACUGCUGCGAGGACCUAUGCCUGGAGUACCUAGGGAAGUGAACUCGCUAUUAGAGUAUCCCCAUUUCCGUAGCGGUAAAAUGAGCAUUAGGAAAAGGAACAAAAGUCCAGAUACUACAUCGGGGCGCAUUGCCACCACUGUGUCCCAGACGGCGAUGAAUGCUCUUAGAGAGGGACCUCGGUGA